AUGAGUUUAAAGUUGUUCAAUGGAAGGUUGAUUACCUUCCAAAGAGUCGCCAUGCGACGUUUCCAAUCAUCUGUUCUUCCAGAAGGCGCUAAGGCUUUUAUAAACGGUAAGUUAGUUUGGAGUUUGUUUAUUGCAAGUUUAGGGAAAUGGCUUGGAAGUACGUCUGGAAAAGUGUUCGAGGUCACAAAUCCCUAUACGAGUGAGCCGAUAACUGAUGUUCCGGAUUGUAAUGUGCAAGAUACAGAGAUAGUACGUAUUGUAAAGUUUUUGCUGUCACUUUUGGAUCGAACCGUAUUGGUCUUUUGUUGUUUUAGGCAGUUCAAGCAGCUCGGGAAGCUUUUACUUUAUGGGCGAGUGAAACUACCGCAAAGCAACGGGGUGAAACUUUGAGAAGAUGGUUCGAGAUACUUAGAGAUCGGGAGGAUGAGUUGGCGAAGCUUUUGACUGAAGAGCAGGUGAGAAUUUACUUUCUUAUAUUGCACAUGAGACAUGUUCUGCUUUUAGGGGAAACCAUUGGCCGAAGCCAAGAUUGAGAUUCAAUAUUCCGGUGCCUACUUUGACUGGUAUGCUGGAGAAGCCAGAAGGAUCUACGGACAAGUUGUUCAACCGCCAGUCCUGAAUCGAACUCAUCUUCAUAUUAGAGAACCGAUUGGAGUUGUGGUCGCGAUUACUCCGGUGAGUUUGAUACUGGAAGGUUUAAAAUUGUUGUAGUAAUUAAUGUGGUACUUGUGUGUAUUUUUUUGCUCUUCUGAAACAUUAAAAAUUUUAGUGGAACUUCCCGACAGCCAUGAUUGCCCGAAAGGCUGCCGCCGCUCUUGCCUCCGGAUGCACGAUGGUUGUAAAGCCAGCUCACGACACUCCGCUCUCAGCAUUAGCGUUGGCAGCCGCUGCAAGCGAUGCCGGGGUUCCCAGAGGAGUCUUCAAUGUAGUCCCUGCGGGCCACGAGAAUACUCAAGAGAUCUCCAAAUUCGUCUGUUCUUCGCCGAAUGUUGAUUGUAUUUCGUUUACUGGAAGUACUGGAGUUGGAAAGGUAAGACUUCGGCUAAAACUGCCGCUAAUUUGAUCGAAAAAGUUAAAAAUCAAGAGUUAUUUCUAUUAUACAGGGUGGGCCAAAAAAAAUGGACAAAAUUAAAAGUCGGUGUAUCCCGGCACGAAUACCGUAAUCAACGGAAAGGAAAAUAGUUUUAUAAUUGUCAACUAUCCUACUUUAUCACAACUAUUUAAAUUUUUUAUAUACUUUUGUUGAACCGAUGAUACAAGCCAAAAUGCUAGACCAGUCCAUAUUCUGACUUCGUUUUCCGAAAAUUUUAUGGGUCCAAAAAUCUUCAAUGACCUGAACGUCUAUGACCAGCCCAAAACUGGUGGUUGACUGUUUAUCAUGAUACUAAGGGGAGCCCACAGAAGCAAAAAAGCUGAUAGUAUUCUAUUAAUUUUGCUCCAGCAGUUCUCAACGUGAUCCACAAGAGGUCCAUCUAGAUAAUUCUAGAUUUUUGAGAUAAUUGACAUUCAAGAGUCGCAGGGAGCCCGGCUCAUGCUUUUGAUAGCAAAAAGUGGUCACUGUAAGACAUCUAACAUUGCUUUACAUGGGCCAGCUGUUGAUUUGAUAAUAGCUUGCAUCAGCCGUACGCAGACCUUAAAAAAUUUCAGCCGGCUAUACCCAGAGACGCUGAUAUUUUUUGAUCAGAAAUUUUUUUCUUUUUUGUUGGCGUUCUCCAACAUGCCAGAUAACUAUGACGGGAUACUUUUAUAUCAAGGUGAUACGACCUCUUUCUUCCAUUUUAAGUCAGUUUCAUAAAAUGAGGAUGCAGCUAGCCUUCAGAAUCCAUGUAUUAUUGAGAUGACCCAUCAAAAAGUCAAAAAAAUCGAUUUUUUGCUUGCCAUCUUGCUGAUUGAGGGGUACUAUUGUCAAAAAUGCGCUUAGUAUAUUCAUCGUAGAGUAGUAAACACCGUAUGGGCGUAAUUAGUUUCAAAAUGUUCACUAUGUUUGGUAGAGCAUCGAUUUUCCGAAAGUGCGCAAAUAAAGCUCGAUUUUCCCCGGCCGAGUGUCUAACUUCUGGUCACUGGUUCUUCAUUUUCCGAAAAGCUUGGGUUAAAUCCUUUUAAAGCAUAAGGGGGCAUGUCUCCUAGAUUUGCGUAGACUGCUUGGUAUGUCUUUACAGCGACACUAAAAAAUUUUGGGGUAAGAACUUUUGAAAUUUUUGCCGCGGGAAUUGGCGCGCUGACCCGGCGACCUUCCUGCAACCGUAUGUUAGAAACUUCUGCAGACAGGACAAAAAUUCUACAGUUAAUAUGUUACCUUAACACAGUACUUUCAUGCCAUAUAUACCUUUUUUCACAAACUGUUUCAUGGCAUGAAAAAUCGAAGAAAAAUUAAUGUCCAUUUUUUUUGGCCCACCCUGUACUGGCUAUUUUCAGCUUCUCCUUUCCCAAUCAGCCUCCACAGUGAAGCGAGUUUGCCUCGAACUAGGUGGAAAUGCCCCUUUCAUCGUCUUCCAAUCGGCUGAUCUGGACAAAGCCGUCAAAGGCGCGAUUGCAUCAAAGGCCAGGGCCAGUGGGCAGACUUGCGUUAGCUCGAACAGGUAUUAUGUCCAUGAAAGUGUCCACGCAGAGUUUGUGAACAAGUUGAAAGAGGCCAUUUCGGCAUUAAAAUGUGGUGAUGGACUGAAAGAAGGGACCACUCAAGGCCCUAUGAUCAACAAAAAUGCUCUUCAUAAGGUAAAAUAUGAACGUUUUUAUUGUCUUUGAUAUUUGGAAGACCUCACAUAUUGAUUCUGAACCAAUUUUAGGUCCAAUUCCUCGUCGAUGAUGCUGUUGAUAAGGGUGCGGAAGUAGUUGUAGGAGGAAAGUACAUCGAAGAAACCAAUAUUUACAAGCCCACCAUCUUGAUCAAUGUCAAUGAAAGCAUGGAACUGGCGAAUCAAGAGAUCUUUGGCCCUGUCGUGGCGAUUCAGAAGUUCAGUGAUGAGAAAGACGUCAUCAAGAAGGCGAAUUCCACCAGAUAUGGACUUGCUUCAUACAUCUUUUCCGAGGACUACAGGCAAAUAAAUCGAGUCUACAGAGCAUUGCAGAGUGGAAUGGUCGGAGUUAAUGAGGGUAUGUGGACGUAGAAGGUAUGAUAAGGGGGCAAAAUCUACUUUUAGGUGCCAUUUCUUGCUCUGAAGCCGCUUUUGGAGGGGUAAAAGAAAGUGGAAUGGGAAGAGAAGGCGGAUCCCAGGGAAUUGAUGAAUUUACUCAAUGGAAAUACGUCUGCAUUGGAGAGUAA